AUGCGCCGGACUCGACAGAAGAAACGUAUCGAGGAGGAUCCUUUCUUGGGGAAAUUCAAGCUGAAUUCUGCCAUCGAGUUAGUUUGCGAUGAAAGUGAGGAAUUUGACGUCUUGAGCAACGAAGAGCUCCAAGUCGAUUUCACACCCUUAUUUGAAGCUCUACAUAUCCAUGAAGCCCUCGGUCAACCCGACAAAUUUCGGAUUGAGUACUCCGCCACUCGUCGACAGCAAAAGGACCUCUUGAUGCCGAGCACUGUGACUUUGCUGGCCGAGGAUGAGUCCUCGCUCAGCAGCCUUCUCGAAGGCAUUGCCGGCUUCGCCAUUGUCGAGAAAGCGACGACUUUUCGCAUACCUCAGUUGAGAUCUCUGGCGGAGGUUGAGGAGUUGUGGGAGUCUAUGUGCACUACUGCGGUGAACCUUACUGCGAAAGCGCUUUACGAUGUCAACAAUGCCGAAGUGCUUCUCAAAAUAAAGACAUUCAUAAUCAUGUUCAUACAGACUAUGGAGGGCUGGGGCUAUUCUGUGUCUACUCUGGAUGCAUUUCUGCUCAAGCUGUUCGACAAAUACGCGGAGUUGCUGAAGCGCAGAUUUAGCGACGAUUUUCAGGAAAUUGUUUUCACUGAUGAUUACAUGCCCAUGGCUAUCAACACGAAGGAGGAAUACGAGAAAGUUGUUAACGUUAGCUGGUACUCACCGGACAAGUCGACGGAUGAAUUGACGAAUUUCCUCAACCAAUUCUACUUCUUCUCGGACGACCAUUUCCAGCAUCCCGAUGUGAUUGACGAGACCUUGAAGCGAUCACUCGAUGAAUUGUUGACCGAAAAGGUCUGUCAAUCAUUGGUAGACCGAUUGAGCUCGCAUUACCUCGGCCAAAUCGUUCAAAUCCUCAUCAAUUUGGAACACUUUGAGAAGGCUUGCUAUGAUCUUGAGCAACUACUGAUUGAAGCGAGGUCCUCCACUUCAGCUGGCGGACCCCUUAAACUCAAUGCGACCGCGCAGUUUCGUAACAACAAGAAGACUGCCGAGAAAAGGAUCUUUGAGGUCGUGAAUUCCAAGAUCGACGAUCUCGUUGACACGGCUGAAUAUGAUUGGACUCCUAGUGCUGUUGUUGCGGAACCAAGUAAUUACAUGCAUACCUUGACACACUACCUUUCCAAUAUCAUGAACUCGACAUUGUUGGGGCUUCCCACGGAGAUCAAGGAGCUGAUCUAUUUCGAUGCUUUGAGUCACGCGGCUGACAAGAUACUUGCUCGUACCUGUCACACAAAAUUCUACGAAGAGCGCGCCACUUGUGAACUUCUCAUCGCGCUUCGGAAUGAUGAAGUAGAUGUUGAAAAACUCGCGCAGGAGGAGUGA